AUGGAACUUCAAGCCCGUCAUACGUAUGCAGCGCUGUUGCAUUUUCCCAGCCUGGCACGUAGAGUUCAAAACCCUUCCGCUAAGGACCUCGACAUUGACCUCCAACAUUAUCCGCAAGUUAUCCAUUUUCCCAACACUACCGGAGCGUUCUGCAUUGACCGCAGCGUUAUUGAUGAGGACGCCGAGGCCACGACUUCCCCGGGUCCCCUGAACCUGACGCACCCCGAAGCGAUACUGUCCGACCGCACAGCAUCCUGUGUUUUCUUAUACAUCGCAUCUCGCACUUUCGCAUCCCCCACACCGACACCAGCAUAUCCAGCUAUGUUCACACCGCUGCCGCAGCUGACGUCCGAGACGUCCCCGGGCGCUUCUUCUCCUCCAGUGGUCCAUAUCAACCGUGAAAUCCGCCGUUCCAUCAAAGUCAAUGAGGCAUACAGCAAGGCCUUGGACAAGCACGGUCCCGUAGUUAUCGUCCCUAGACAUGGCCGCAACGAAUAUGUCAUUGACCACCGCUACGCCCACGAGGUUCUUACCGACACCAAAAACUUUACCUUCGAAAAGGCAGUGUUCGAGAUGCUUCAUCUGGGAUUCCUGGCACUUUGUGACAACGGCGCAUUCGUCCACGACGUCGACAGUCUGGUGGAAAAGAAUGUACAGCCCCGCAUGAACGCCAUUAUAGAACAGAUCUUCCCUAUCUUCACGCAUUACUUCGACCGGAUGGCGGAUGGUCUGCCCAAUCCAGCCGUCGACAAGACGGCCGUCGAGUUUCCCGACAUGUUCCAUCGGAUCCAGCUCGCUGUCGCGCACGCUAUGGUCGUCAUGAUCCUCGGACAACCACACGCCUCCUCCACCGUAGCAGGCCAUUUCGCCGCGGUAGCCGUGGCCAUGGCCAACAUGACGGGUAUGCAUGAGAACACUCACGAGUGGACUCGGCUCCCAUGGCUGUGGGUGUUGGUCAAUGGUUAUUCCGCCGUCUUCCUCACGAUCAUCCCGAGGUUCUUCUUCCGUAUCGUUCCUACGCUGUGGAAGGCCCGAAAUGAGCAUCUGAAGAAUGGUCUCGCCGCCAAACACGGCGAAUUUGUACCGCUCUUUGACAUCCUGCUCACAAAACACUACCACGGCACGACCGGGCUGUUCGCGCUCGCGGGCUUCUUUCGCUGCGUCAUUGUCUCCAUCGGGGUCAUCUUUGCGUCGAUACACCAAACGGUCGUUGCCGGCCUCUGGAUCCUCAUUAAGCUCACACAGAAACAGGACGAGUAUCUGCCCGCUCUCCGCGAGGAGUGGGAGCGGGUCAACCCGGCGGGCGAGUGUCUGAACGUCAAGAAACUCACCCAGCUCACGUUACUCGACUCCUUCAUUCGCGAGGUCCUGCGAACCAAGGGCGACACAUGGGGUCCUGUGCGACAGACCACUCAGCCGGUCCGUGUUGGGCCAUACGUGCUGCCGAAAGACGCCCUGUGCAUGGUGCUCAUCUCCCGUGUGCACCAGCACCCUGACAACUACGGGACGGAGGGAACCGCGUUCAACGGCCUCCAAUGGGCAGAGAAGGGCCGGCCGGCCGUCCAGGGAGCCCCCGACUUCCUGACAUUUGGGCUGGGCAGAUGGGCGUGUCCCGGACGGCAGCUCGCCAUCCACGAGAUCAAGGUCAUCCUCUACAUGAUUUUUUCGAAGUUCGACAUUAAGCUCAAGGGCGAUAGGUACCGGGUGACGAAUACAAUUAACACAACAUCGGUAGCCCCAGAAGCGACAUUUAUGUUGAAGAGGAGAGACGUGUGA